AUGCUGCACACCGUGGACAUGUUGCCUCCCACGGUACAGAUUUUGAUCGUGCAGGCCCCGGUGUGGGUGGCGGCUAUGUUCUUGCUUAUUCCUUCGGUGGCCAGCUUUGACUUCGAAGCAAACAGGUGCAAGGGUAACGCCCGAUACGUGCUGCUCGGCGCUUUCAACUACGCGGGGCUGCUGGUGAUCGGGUCGGUUUACCUGCUCUGGAAGAUGAGGGAUGCUCGCAGACAGAUGACCGAGUAUCGGGCGAUGAUGCUAUCGCUGGGGUCACUGCUGCUCACGUUGGCGGCGGUAAACCUGACGAUGGGGGCGAUAGCGCAGGACGACACCCUCACUCGCCGCAUCGCCUUGCUCAACAACAUGGUCAGGGGCCUCCUGCUCUUCUGGCCCGUGAUCUUCACCCCACUCUGCAAGUACGCCAAGCGGGACCAGCGAUACGCGGAACGGUUUUCGGCAGGCAUGAGGCCGUCCAUCACUCCUGCGAUGCUCAGGGCGUCUCUCGCUGACCAGCUCAAGGUGGACAAACUGUGGGCACUGUUCGAAAAGAUAGCGGAGGAGAGACUGCGGCCAGCCUUGCCCGGGUUCUACAAGGCGGUAAUGGAGAGAGAUAAGGAGGAGGGCCACUUUCAGAGGCAAGCGAUGACGAUGGACAUCAUGGACACAUAUAUCGCGGACAAUGCGGUCUGCAGGGUGGACCUUACCGAAGCCUGUCGAGAUAGGAUAUUGGCUUCAGAGGUCACCAGGUAUACCAUCUUCAGUGAGGCAGCCGCGGAGGUGCUAGAGGUACUGCAGGAGAGGUGCGAGAUGGCCUUCCAGGCAAGCCCUGCCUACGAAGAACUGCUGCGAAAGGCGGAGCAAGACGAGGCCCAGAUGGAAGCCCUUGACAAGGCGAACCUCCUGCCGAAGCGAAAGGCCGUGGGAUUCGACUUCGACGAACGCCAAACCUACAACUCGAGAUCCGACCGCUGGACCAAUUCGACGGUGGCCGCGAGUUCUCUGGGCGGAGUGCACAUGCUGCACGACCACCGGGAGCAGUACGUGCCAGUGCGUGAGGCAUCCAGGCAGAGAAAGUGA